GCUAGCGAAGAGCUGUAUAGUUUAAACAUACAGAAUUCCUAGGUAUAGUAUUGUUUAAAUACUUAGGAGCCCUUGCAGACAGUAAGGGCUGUGUCCCGUUUGCCAGUUGCAUGCAUAGUCUCAAGGCGAGCAGCACGCAGCGAAGCCCUCGGUGCCCCCCGGCUUCUAGCCAGCCCAAUCGACCGCGACCUGCGCCGUCAGAGCCGCCGACACCCCAAUUUAGCCGCACUGUUACGCGACAAGCCAACAUGGUUCUGGGAAUUAAAACAAUCGCCGGCUUCGUGUCUAGGACUUUCAAGAGGGGCCAGAGCACAAGGGUGGAGGCCACGUCGCGUGAACCGAUGACGCAAGCUGAGAUUGAGGACCUUGUGCUUAAGCUAAACAAGAUCGAGGCUGUUAAGUUUGGAGAAUUCAAACUUAAGAGCGGCCUCAUAUCUCCCGUGUACGUUGACCUCCGUGUCAUCGUGUCGUACCCAGAUGUCCUCGAGCAGGUUUCCCGCAUGAUGUGGAAUGCCGUACGCGGCUGCCAGUACGACAUCAUCUGCGGUGUGCCGUACACCGCCCUCCCCAUCGCCACCUGCAUGUCGCUGGGCUUCGGGGAGGCCAUGAUCAUGCGCCGCAAGGAGGUGAAGGACUACGGCACCAAGAAGGCCAUCGAGGGCGCCUACCGGCCGGGGCAGCGCUGCCUGAUCGUGGAAGACCUGGUGACCAGCGGCGCCUCCGUGCUGGAAACCCUGGAGCCGCUCAAGGCUGAAGGCCUGCAGGUGAGCGACGUGGUGGUGCUGAUCGACCGCGAGCAGGGCGGCGAGGCGCACCUGGCGGCCGCCGGGCUGAAGCUGCACGCGGCCUUCAAGCUGAGCGCCAUGCUGGAGGUGCUGACGCGGCACCAGCUGGUCAGCCCGGAGCUGGCGGACAAGGUGCGCACCUUCAUUGCUGAGAACCAGACCUCCCUGCCCGCUGCGGCACCUGCGCCCACUCCGGCCCCUGCGCCGCCCAAGAGGCUGCCGUACGAGCAGCGCAUUCCGCUUGCCAAGAACGCCAUGGCCAAGCGUUGCCUGGAGAUCAUGGUUCGCAAGCAGACCAACCUCAGUGUGGCAGCUGACGUGGAGUCGGUGGAGGAGGUGCUGGCGCUGGCGGAUAAGAUUGGCCCCUACAUCUGCGUCCUGAAGACCCACGUCGACAUCUACGACAAGUGGGAUGCCGACAUUGCGGCCAAGCUGAUGGAGCUCGCCAACAAGCACGACUUCCUCAUCUUCGAGGACCGCAAGUUUGCUGACAUCGGCAACACCACCGCCAUGCAGUACGGCGGCGGCAUCCUGAAGAUCGCCGACUGGUCCCAUAUUACCAACGCCCACCUGGUUCCUGGGUCCAACAUCAUUGACGGCCUCAAGACGGUGGGGCUGCCCAAGGGCCGCGGACUGCUGCUGCUGGCAGAGAUGAGCAGCCAGGGCACGCUGGCCAAGGGUGCCUACACGGAGGCGGUGGUGGCGGCCGCGGAGCAGCACCAGGACUUUGUGAUUGGCUACAUUUCGGUCAACCCAGCGGCGUGGAAGGGCGGGCCGGGCUCGCCAGGCCUGCUGCACAUGACCCCGGGCGUUCGGAUGGCCGUCGGCGGCGACGCGCUGGGCCAGCAAUACGACACCCCGCAGAGCGUUAUCGGCCAGCGCUGCAGUGACGUAAUCAUUGUGGGUCGGGGCGUGGUCAACGCGGCCGACCCCGCCGCCGCCGCUCGGGAGUACCGGGACGCCGGCUGGGCGGCCUACAAGGCUGCGCUUUGAGCGCACAACAUGCGAUGCGUCCUGUGUUGUGCUGUGUGGCGUGUUGUGGUGUGGUGUGGGAGGGUGUAGAAGUUAAGGGGGGAGGCGAGCUCUGCAGUUUUUGCGUGCGGGGAUUGAGCGUCGGGGCGCACGUCGGGGAGUUGGGGAUUGUGCUGUGGGAAGGGAGGAGGUCAGCCUGCUUUGGCGACGAUAGGAAGGGGGUAAAGAGAGCGUGUGCUAUUGCCUGUGCCUGCGUCGAGCGGCUCAGAGCGCACGGAAUGCCUGUCCGUUAGAUAUACGCCUUUCGGAGGCUGUUGUGUUUGGAAAGCGGUAGGUGUGGAGGAUUUGAGAGCUUGGAACAUCACACAAGGUCUGCUUGAUGUGCCUUGCAGGUUGUUAGUCUGCGGUUGUGGGCCCUAAAAAGAGGUCAUGCAGCAAGAGUAGUGUAUAGCUUACAUACCAGGACAACGGAGUCAUCCGGACCGCAAUGCCAGGAACAAACUUACUAGGCUCUUUGCUUGACGCCAGCGCCAGCGUUUGAACUCGCGUACUGGGCUGCGCUUAAGGAAGCACACAGUCUAAUGUAAGAAGUAAAAUGC